AUGGACUCCACUGUGAUCCUUACAACUUCCCUCUCUAAAUCUGAACUAGACAUUCACUCUAACUACAAAGAUAUAUCAGAGCACAUUGAAGACGCCACUGUCUACUUAGAUGCAGGAUGUACAGAGAGUUUCGAGUUUCUUGGGGCAUACCCUCUGCUACUAGAAGUUGGAGCACAUGCUGUUUGCAGCUUGGAAAACAUGUCUUCUCUUGAUAUGAUUGAUUUAGCAAUGUUUGGUGGUGAACUAUUGUGUCAGGAACAAUCACUAACUAAUGUGAAUAAUAGGAUGCAAAUGAAAACAAAACAUAGAUGUGGAUCAAAAUCAAUCCCGGUUAGGGUUCACAGCUCGAUAAUUGCAAAUGGAGAAGUUCCUGAUUUGGCAAAGUUUUACAAGUCCAUCCACUAUAAUUCGAACACACAUGAAUGGAUUUCGUCGGAGAGCCAAGCUAAUUAUGACAACAUGAUAAAGACGCAAGCCGAACACCUCUCGCAGAUUGGUGUGAUCCCUUUAAGCCAAGAGGAGUUGUCAUUUAAGGUGCUUAAGCCAAGGUCAGGUUAUGUGAAAGGACUCGGCUUGAGGCCUUCUUCUUCUAUGAAGACUACUGUUGUACUUGUUGAAAAUAGUGACUAUGUUCAACGCCUUGAGAUGCAAAUAGCACAGCAAAAUGAACAAAUUGCAAGGUUUCAAAAGUCAGAGAAGAAACAAAGCAAGAAGAUACAAAGUAUCAUAGAGUGUUUGACGCAGAAAGGUAUCACGGGAAAUUUUGAGAAUGAGGAAAGUUCAGAUUCUGAUGAACAAGCUUCUUGGAUCAUCCAGAAGGACAAGUUGACAACCGAAUCACUGAAUGUGUAUAAUGGACCCAAGGUAAUCUCAUGA